ACAGCAACAACAACAAAGUAUACCAGAAACAACAACAACAAAUUAAAACAUAAAUCUAAGCAAAGAAUGUAAAAAAUCUAAAGCAAAGAUUUUAACAAAUGUGCCUGUGUUAAAAAAAAAAAAAUAAAUAAAAAAUAAAAAUUAAAAGAAGCAGAAGCGAGUAGUAGAAGCAUAAAGUGCAAAGCAGCUAAGAACCACGUUGAAAAAAGAAAAGAAAAGAUAGAAAAGAGGAAGCAGAAGGAGUUAGAGGAGCGAAAGCAAUUCAAAUUAUUAAAAAUACACAAAUUCUAAUAAUAUUUUUGUGAGUGUCAAGCAUUAAAAAUAAAAUAGAAACAGAAAAGGAAAAGGAAAAAGAAAACACCACCCGAGCAUAGCAGGAGGCCCCAACACAUACAGAGAUCUACAGAGAGAGAUAGAUCUUCGCUCCAUAGAGAGAUCGGCACGACGACGACGACGAGGACGAGGACGCAAGGGACGCGGGCCCCUCGUUUUGUGUUGAGCCGCCAACUGUCGUCUGUACACCACUAAAAGUGGCACAAAUCGGGUUAGACGUCGCUCCCAGAGCAUUAAUGGCUCAGCCUAGGUAUGACGAUGGCCUGCAUGGCUACGGCAUGGACUCUGGCGCCGCCGCCGCGGCGAUGUACGAUCCACAUGUCGGCCAUCGGCCGCCGGGACUGCAAGGCCUCCCCUCGCACCACUCACCGCACAUGACGCACGCCGCGGCAGCGGCCACAGUUGGGAUGCACGGCUACCAUUCGGGGGCCGGAGCGCAUGGUACACCUAGUCAUGUAUCACCGGUUGCUAAUCACCUAAUGGGCGCAAUACCCGAGGUACACAAACGUGAUAAGGAUGCGAUUUAUGAACAUCCACUAUUCCCGCUCUUAGCGCUCAUAUUCGAGAAAUGCGAAUUGGCCACAUGUACGCCGAGAGAGCCUGGCGUGCAAGGUGGCGAUGUUUGUUCGUCGGAAUCGUUUAACGAGGAUAUUGCAAUGUUCAGUAAACAGAUAAGAUCACAGAAACCCUACUAUACCGCAGAUCCCGAAGUCGAUUCACUGAUGGUGCAGGCAAUACAAGUGCUUCGGUUUCACCUUUUAGAGUUAGAAAAAGUGCAUGAACUAUGCGAUAAUUUCUGUCAUCGAUAUAUCUCAUGUUUAAAGGGUAAAAUGCCAAUAGAUUUAGUGAUUGACGAACGGGACACCACCAAACCACCAGAAUUAGGUUCAGCAAAUGGUGAAGGAAGAAGUAAUGCCGAUUCAACAUCGCACACCGAUGGAGCUAGUACACCAGACGUUCCCCACACCCAAGACUUUGCGCCGCUGGAAGAAACCUAUGCCAGUUAUCGCAUCAAGCACGAAGCGGACUUUUAAUUCGCUCAGCGUGUGUGCGCCUGUGCGCGUGUGUAUGAGAGUGUGCGCGUGUGUGUGUUUGGGUGGGUGUCACAGCAGGGAGCCCCAAAAAAAGAAAAGAGAAAAGAAAGGGAUAAAGGAAAACCCUACGUUAUUUGGUCAAAUCAGAAAACAUAACCCUAACUACGAGCAAACUUCUUAAGAAACUAAACUAUAACUUAAAAUAGAACUUAAGCAUGUAGUUGUACGAAAGCCUAGGCUGCUUACAAGUCAAAAACAAAAACAAAAACAAAAUCAGAAAGAAUAAGAGGAAGAAGAAAGAAAAACAAAACAAAAUUGUUCAUAAUGAAAGAAAAGUUUAUUCCUUUUUUGUUUGGCUUUUCACUAUUAUUUACUUCAGCAACGUGUAUACGAUUUUUCAAUACGUCCUUUUUCAAGGUGUUUUACAACACUGAAAAAACUUGCCAAAAAAGAAAAAACAAAAAUUAAAAAAAAAAAAAAAAAACGAAAAACAAGUUUCUAAUCUUUAAUUUAGUUAGAUUUGUUUCCAUUUUUGUUUCGUUUCUUUUAUAAGUCUUAUUUCAAUGCGUUCUUAAUGAGAAUGGAGAACCAAGUGCAACUCAUAUACGUAAACAAAAAGAUGAAACAACAUAAUAAAAUCAACCUGAGUUCAAAUGCAAAGUAUACGAAUAAAACAUAAAGUAAAACAUAUGUUUUUCUAUUGUUUAAAAAGAUAAAAAAAAGUUAAUACCAGAUUAAUGUUAAUUUAAUUAAUUGAGAAUUGAAACGCGCAUAUACGAUGACAUUAUAAAUGAGCUAGAAUCCGUGCGAACUAAAUAUACGUAAUGAACGGGAUACUGUUUAGGUUAUAAUUCAAGAUCAUUAACAAGAAAACAAAAAGAGAACUUUAAGCAUCUACUAAGCAAAAUUUUUAACUAUACAAGUAAAUACAUAAAAUGCUACACGCGAUACUAUUAUAUAAAAGUAAAUGUAAUUAUUAAUUAAUAACAAAUAUGGUACGUAAAUACGUAUAUAGCGACAGUGCAGCUUCUGGUGCUCAAAUCACAGCAGUUAAGAGAUGGAAUAAGAUAAUCCCAUUGUACUACUAUCCCAAUCAAAUACUUGCAACUAGACUAGGCCUAACCCCAAAUAGUACUACUACUAUUUCUACCUAUCUACCCUUCUCCCUUGUCCCUUGUCUAUCCCCCUUCAACUCAAUGUAUACUAUAGCGUUAUAUAGUUCUUAGUGUCCGUAACGGAAGGCUACGUAUUAUUAGGUAUACUAAGCUAAACUAAAAACUAAAGCUAAACUCUAUGUUUACCCUAAAAACUAAUUUCGAAAUGAACUCUUCCCAGCUCUAGGCACUUUCUCUAUCGCUAUAUUCUCCUACCUUUUGAGUUAAUGCAUACUAAACAACUCUAAAACAAAAAUCUACCAAACAUUGUACUUAAUGGAGCUGCACUCGGUUGCAGUCCAGCUAUAUGGGCAGUCAUUUGUAUACUUACACUUUACGAGUAGACUAUAAACCAACUGGUUUAUUAGCGAAAGAAAC